UCUCUCUCUCUCUCUCUCUCUCUUCCCUCUUCCUCUUCUUCACUCUUCUUCUUCUUUUCUUUCUUCUCUCUCUUUCUCUCUUCUCAUUCCACAGUCACGCCCCCCCUCACUCCCCACUCUUUGAAUACCUUUGCAUCCCUUGCUCAUCUCUCAUUCACCAUGCCCAUCUCUGCCCUCGCAACCGAAACCGCCCUCGCGCCUUCCGCCUCCAUCAAGACCCUCGUCGAGGCCAUCUCCAGGGAAGACUCCGUCGCCACCCCCCUCACGACUGCCACGCCUGAACCCAGCGCACAGGAACAGCAACUCCAGCAACACCUCGAGGCCCUCGAGAUCGUCCAGGCCCACGCCGCAGACACCGAGCACUGGAAGCGCCGUACCGCCUACUCUCUUGUCACGGACGAUUACAGGAUCCAUCAUCUCACCGCUGGAACCCUCCGUGGAGACGGCAAGCUCGGGGUCUCGCCCGCACUGUUCCAGUCCAAGGACGAGCGCCACGUUAUCUCUGUUCUCCAUGUUGGCAAGUCCCUCUGUGGACACCCUAAUAUCGUCCAUGGAGGGCUUUUGGCAACUAUGCUCGAUGAAAUCACUGCCAUGACUGCCAUCCCCAAUCUCCCCGGAAAGACUGGCUUCACCGCGAACCUGAACAUCAACUAUCGCCACCCAUGCAUUGCGGACCAGUUCAUCGUUGCUCAUUCUGAGGUCACCUCGGUCGAGGGUCGUAAGGCCUUUGUGAAGGCCACCUUAAAGACCAUCGAGGGCACCCUUUUGGCCGAUGCUACCGCCCUCUUUAUCGCCCCCAAGGUCCCUGUCUCCGAGAUCACGGAGCAACUGACCCAAGCAAAGACCUCCCCUAAGCUUGUAGAGUCCGAGGUGCAGGCAUAGAAAAAAAGAAGUACUGCACCGACAACCAACGAUUUCUCUCUCCCCUCUCUUUUAAACAAAUGUAAAUGUGUAUAAAUAUAUACAUACUUGUAUUCACAUAAUAUCCCACGCCCUCUGCCAGUUCUGCUAACCGGCUAACCGGAUCAGGCCACACGCCUCUCUUUCUGCAAUCCCAAAUGAUUCAAUACAAUCAUGUUCGAGUGAAUGAAUAAAUUGCCAUGGCGAAAAUGGUU